GUCACAUGCAACAUUUACAGGAAACUGGCUAGAAGACAGAAGGGGAACUUGAGAACUUGGUUGUUUUCAGCAGAUUAAAACAACACAGAUUUAUCAGCAAGACUGUUGAACGCAUAACUGCCCAAGAUGCCCGUCCCUCCCCCUCCAGCACCCCCGCCGCCCCCAACGUUUGCACUGGCCAAUACAGAGAAGCCUACCUUGAAUAAGACAGAGCAGGCUGGGAGAAAUGCUCUCCUUUCUGAUAUCAGCAAAGGGAAGAAACUAAAGAAGACAGUCACCAAUGACAGAAGUGCACCAAUAUUGGACAAACCUAAAGGAGCUGGUGCUGGAAGUGGUGGUGGUGGCUUUGGUGGAGGCGGCGGAUUUGGCGGAGGAGGUGGUGGCGGAGGCGGUGGAAGUUUUGGAGGGGGCGGACCUCCAGGUCUGGGAGGACUCUUCCAGGCUGGAAUGCCGAAGCUGAGAUCCACGGCCAACAGGGAUAAUGAUUCUGGAGGAAGCCGACCACCCAUGUUGCCACCGGGAGGAAGAUCCACAUCUGCCAAACCCUUUUCACCCCCAAGUGGCCCAGGGAGGUUUCCUGUGCCUUCUCCAGGCCACAGAAGUGGUCCCCCAGAGCCUCAGAGGAACCGAAUGCCGCCCCCAAGGCCCGACCUGGGCUCAAAGCCUGAUAGCAUCCCCCCUCCAGUACCUAGUACUCCAAGACCCAUUCAAUCAAGUCUGCACAACCGGGGGUCCCCACCAGUGCCCGGAGGCCCGAGGCAGCCCGGCCCCGGGCCCACUCCUCCCCCUUUCCCUGGAAACCGCGGCGCUGCUUUGGGAGGAGGCUCAAUACGUCAGUCUCCCUUGAGCUCCUCCUCGCCCUUCUCCAACCGGCCUCCCCUGCCGCCUACGCCCAGCAGGGCCUUGGAUGACAAACCCCCUCCGCCACCUCCUCCAGUAGGCAACAGGCCCUCCAUCCACAGGGAAGCGGUUCCCCCUCCUCCUCCUCAGAACAACAAGCCUCCAGUGCCUUCCACUCCGCGGCCUUCCUCCUCCUCACAGGCCCCACCUCCGCCGCCACCUCCCAGCAGGCCCGGGCCGCCUCCCCUGCCUCCAAGUUCCAGCGGCAAUGACGAAACCCCAAGACUCCCACAGCGGAAUCUGUCCCUCACUUCGUCCACGCCCCCCUUACCUUCGCCAGGACGUUCAGGUCCUCUUCCUCCCCCGCCCAGCGAGAGACCUCCACCUCCAGUGAGGGACCCGCCAGGCCGAUCAGGCCCCCUCCCACCACCUCCUCCAAUAAGCAGAAACGGCAGCACGUCUCGGGCCCUGCCUGCCACCCCUCAGUUGCCGUCCAGGAGUGGAGUAGACAGUCCAAGGAGUGGACCCAGGCCUCCCCUUCCUCCUGACAGGCCCAGUGCUGGGGCACCUCCCCCACCUCCACCAUCAACAUCUAUUAGAAAUGGCUUCCAAGACUCUCCAUGUGAAGAUGAGUGGGAAAGCAGAUUCUACUUCCAUCCAAUUUCCGAUUUGCCACCUCCAGAGCCAUAUGUACAAACGACCAAAAGUUAUCCCAGCAAAUUGGCAAGAAACGAAAGCCGGAGUGGAUCCAACCGAAGAGAAAGGGGUGCCCCACCACUCCCUCCCAUCCCGAGGUGAUCUUUGCCUGCUCUUCUCUACCCAAGCUCAAGAGCUGCUUCUGUUGCUAAGAACUGCACACCCUCCUCCCUGCUUCUUCCCUUGUGCCCCAUGUAUGGGCAGGAGGAAAGAUGGGAGGGUGAGUGGGAAUAUGCGUGUGUGCGUGGGAAUCGGUAAGAAAUGCACCUAGCUUUUCAUUGUUUAUUCUCCAAGCUAUUGCUUGCUUCAGCUGCAACCGGGGUCGAUAGGCUUUUGUGGUAAUAGGCAGAGAUGAAUUGCAUCCCAGCUUUCCACCAACCAAAUCCAAACAUUCACUGCUUAUUUGCCACAGACUGUAAUUAUUAAAGUCCCUGAGAGCUGUUUUCUCCCAUUCCUUUUUCGCAUGCUUGGCCUCCUGUUUCCAUGAACCACAGACCACCUAAGCAAGCUGCUGAGUAAGGGCUCACAGGAAACUUUUGCAGUCACAGGAUGUCCAAUCUUUGGCAGUCCGAGCUCAGCUCCAGGACAGAGCUGUCCAAUAGAAAUAUAAUGUGAGCCCCAUAUACAACUUCAACAUUUCUAGUAUAUUUUCAACAAGUGAAGUUAAUAUGCAUCCAAAGUAUUUCAACCUGUAAUCAACAUAAACUUUUAAUGAGAUAUUUUAUAUUAUCUUUUGGUACCGAAUCUUCAGAAUCCAGAGUGUAUUUUACAUUUACUGGUAGCACAUCUCCAUUUGGACUAGUCACAUUUUUAAGUGCUCAGUGGCCACAUGUGGCUGGUGGCUACUGGAUUAGACAGCGUAAGUCUGGAAGAUGGAAGCUAGUGCAGAAACCUUGUUUAAAAAACAAAAAAGGCAAGAUGGGCUUGAGCGAUUCAAGAGGCAACUAAAAAUAAAAUUAGGACCCAGUACCUUGUUUGACACACAGUUUGACCUUCGAUUUUGCUCUCUUAUCUUCCCUCUUCCCUUAAUAUCUGUAUACAAGUGUUGCUUCAAAGUACCAAGGUCAGAAAUUAAUUGAGUACGAUUUACUAAAGUCAUGUGGAAUAAAGCCACUGAAAAGAAACGGAGAGCCUGUCGGGACUUCCGGGCUCAGAACCAGCUGGCGCACGCCCUCACUUGUCAGUUGGACUUCUGCCUUGUGAAAUGGAAGCAGCCUUUGUUCCUCUCUGGCUGAGCAAGUUCCUGAGGCUGGGAGACACUAGGAAGGCUUGGUAGGAGGGGAAGAAAGUCAGGGAAAGGUGUCAAAUCAGAAACAUGGAAGAAGAAGGGAACAGAUUUGAGUUGGUGGGUAAAACUCUAAAAAUCUAACUCUGAUUCUUAUGUAAGGGUUGAGCGAAUUAGGGAGAUUGCUAGUGGAAAUUGGAGGGAAUUUGUUUUGCAUCAUUUGUCUAGGAUCUAUGCAAAUACAGCUCCACUAAAGGACCAUAGGGAAGAGCCAGCCUUGCCUUUUCUUACAUGAUUUUGUUUACAAAAUUUUACUGGGACUUUUAAAUCUAGCUAUAGAGUUGGGAAAAAAUAUUUCCACUUAGAUAUUUUAUAUGGUUUUGUUUAAAAUGACCAUUACUUGUUUUUUAAAAACACAUGACCACAUAUGUAUAUGUAUAUCUACCUAAACAUUGUAUCAUGGUUUCAGUAUGUUAUUCAUGUAUUACUGGGAGAUGCUAACAAGAACCCAACCCAAAGAAAAUUCUGAAAAAUACAUUUCUAUUUAUAGAAUAAAUGUUUCAUUUAUAUAAAAGCAAAAGAACUUAGAGUUCUAAUAAAUGGGAUGUCUAAUAAAUUAUGAAGUUACUGAUUUGAAUAUAUUAUAUUUUUAUAACUUCCUUGCCAAAGUCCUGAUGUAGUACAUUAGAGAACCUGUGUUUCCUCUCUCAUCAACCAUUCAUCUGUCUUCCAUACAGUCAUUUGGGCUUUUUACUCAAAGAGAAUCAAGAAAUAAUAAGGUAUAACAAGCCUGGCAAAGUGUUGGUUUUUUAAAAAAAUUUGUUAAUCUCUAGCAGUUUGGUAAUUUAGCAGCAUCAUUUAUUUGGGAUUCUUUUAUCUGAUUUCAACAGUGAAAAGCAUCCCUGUGAUAAAGCCUAAUGACCCAUUUCACAAAAGAUGGAGUUUCCCCUUCCUAGAAAAUAUGACAGAGAAAAGUCUGACUCAAAGAAAGUGGGUCUGAAUUUUAUAAGGGGUAGUAACAAUUGGACAAUUCCUUUGCGUAUCUGAACUUGGCAGGUACCAUUCUAAAUUUGAAACAGGGUCAUAACUCAAAGUUGCCAUUCAUCCAGAAUAGAGAUCUUUUAGAAUGUAGUGUUUUAAGUGAGUGUUUCAUUAAUACACCUACACCCUUUCUUUGAAAGUUUGCAACCUAAUUGCAUCUAAAACUUUGAGUAAGUUCUGUGGUAAAAUCUUAAACUAUGGAAAAUUACAAAAAUGAAUAUUUUCUUCCCUGAAAUCAGAGCUUACAUGUGUGUUUUUUUCAUAAAAUUUUCAGAUAAAUGUAUUCAACAUGUAAUACAGUAUUUUAACAUUCACCUCUUAUUUUAUAUUGAAAUGUAUUACAGUAUUAAAACUCAGUGUUCAGUAUUUAUUUCACUAUGCAUAUUAUUUAGUAAAAGCCAGGAGAAAUGUUUAAUCCAAUGGUGCCUUACUUUGUGAUUUAAAAGAAGUCAACUUUUUUUAUGUCUAAGUAGCAGAUUAUUUGCAUAUUUGUAAAAACUGUUAGGUCUUUAUAUUUUAAAUUGUAAUACCAGUUUUGUUAUUUUAGUAGCAGAAAUGGGAUGAUUGUUAAAGUUCCUAAAAAAUGUUGGCGUGAAAUUAAUUUUUUCCUCCUUAUAGUCAAGGACCGUAGAGGAAGAAAAACAUUUUUUUCAUGCCAUGCACUAUGUAAACAGACACAUUUUGGUAUCUGUGUCAUCAGGAUAGUGUAAAUGGUAGGGUAGAGACUCCCCUAGACAUCUGCAUCUUUGUAAGUUAGCCAGACAAUAAAGAAAAGCAGAAUGA